AUGUCUUUCGUUAUGCGCUUUUUCAAAGCCAAGUCCCCCAAAGAGGAUGAUGCGCCCCCAGCUAAUCCCGCGCCAAAUGUCCCCACAUCGACUCCGUCUAAUGUAGAGCCACGGGACGACGAAAGUCUUUCCCUGCCAACAUGGAGAAAUUCAUUGCCCUGCAGUGAGAAAGGAAGCACUCUUUGCGGUCAGCACACGAGAGGAGCAUCCGGUGCUGGCACAGACAAAGAGAUUGCAAUUGCAUCUCCACCGCAUUCCCCUUCUCCUGGGCUUGGUCGCAGAUCCAAUGACCUCAACGAAGACCUCGUCGCAGUCGAUAUUUCCGACAAGGAGCCCAUUAAAGAAGAAGAAGAUGAGACCAAAAAGGAAGACGAUGAAGAAUACCCAAACGCCUGGAAAUUAUUUUUAAUUACUAUUGCUCUUUGUCUUUGCGUCUUCUGCGUGGCAUUGGACAACACUAUUAUUGCAACUGCGAUUCCCAGAAUUACGGAUCAAUUCAACUCUAUCGAGGAUGUUGGUUGGUACGGGAGCUCCUACCUCCUCACAACAUGCGCAGUGACUCUGAUAUUCGGAAAACUGUACACCUUCUACCCAAUCAAGUGGACUUAUCUGUCUGCGCUGUUUGUGUUCGAACUCGGCUCUUUGGUUUGCGCCACCACUCCCACUUCCGUUGGAUUGAUCAUCGGUCGAGCCAUCGCCGGACUGGGUUCUGCGGGUCUUGUCACCGGUUCCAUUCUCAUUAUCACCAAGAGCGUUCCUCUGGAUAAGCGUCCGAUGUAUACCAGUCUGGUGGGAUCCAUGUUUGGAAUUGCCAACGUUGCUGGUCCACUGAUGGGAGGCGCCUUCACUGACCACCUCACCUGGCGCUGGUGUUUCUAUAUCAACUUGCCUAUCGGAGGUAUCACUUUCUUCUUUGUCUUGUUCUGGUUCCAGAGCCCCAAGGCUAUCUUGACCACCAAGUCCUUCAAGGAGCAGAUGAAAGAAUUGGACCUGAUCGGGUCCUUCUUCUUCCUGCCGGCCAUCAUCAGUCUGUUGCUCGCUCUUCAAUGGGGUGGCAGCAAGUAUCCCUGGAACGAUGGACGCAUCAUUGCGCUCUUCGUCGUCUUCGGUGUGCUUCUCAUUGCCUUCGGCGCUGUGCAAAUCUGGGCCCAAGAUAGGGCUACCAUCCCUCCCCGCCUCAUCAAGAACCGCAGUGUUUGGGGAUCGGUCUGGUUUUCUCUCGCCCUUGGCUCUGCUUUCUUCGUCUUCACAUACUACCUUCCCAUUUGGUUCCAGUCCAUCAAGGGCGCAACUGCAACAAAGUCCGGCAUCAUGAACUUGCCCACCAUCAUCGCCGUCGUAGUCGUCUCCAUCCUAUGUGGUGGUCUCGUGACCGCCUGUGGCUACUACACACCGUUCAUGAUCGGCGCCUCAAUCAUCAUGACCAUCGGCGCAGGCCUCCUCACAACCCUAGAAGUCGACUCCAACCACGCAAAAUGGAUCGGCUACCAAGCCCUCUUCGGUAUUGGAAUCGGCAUGGGCAUGCAGCAACCAAUGAUCGUGACACAAACCGCCCUCAAGCCCGCCGACGUCCCCGUCGGCACAGCAAUGGUGAUCUUCGCCCAGACCCUGGGCGGAGCGAUCUUCAUCUCCGUCGCGCAGAACGUGUUCCAGAACCAGCUUAUCACUAAUUUCGCCAAAUACGCCCCUGAACAAAAUGCUCCUCAGUUGAUCUCCGCUGGUGCGACUAUGAUUCGCUCCCUUGUGCAAGGGGAUCAGUUGCAUAAUGUUCUCCUUGCUUAUAAUGCGGCUAUUACUCAGACCUUCUAUGUUGCUGUUGCUAUGGGUGCUUUGUCUCUUGUUGGUCCUAUCUUUGUUGAGUGGAUCUCUGUCAAGGGUAAGAAGAUUGAAAUGACCCCUGCUUAG